AUGAGUGCCAGCGUCAGUCUUAGAGCUCAUGGCGAGGGGUACGCAUGGAGCCCUGCGGCAGUGCUGGCCACGGUAGGGGACACGGUGGUGUGGCGUUGGGAGGCGCCGGCGUUCCUCCAGGGCGUUGGCUUCAGGGUGUUCAGCGUGGCCAACCCCAGCAGCACCACACCCGAUGGCUUCGCAUUCACCAGCGGAGACACCAACACCCCCACUGGCUUCUUCCGCUACCAGUUCACGUCCCCUGGUGUGUACUACUACAGCAGUGGCUUUGUGGACGACAGCAGCCAGAAGAGUCUGCAGGGGUCGGUGACGGUCCGAGGGGUCGAGGACAGCAGCAUCGAGCUGCACGUCACUGUGGGAGACUUCGCUGCUUUGAUCAGACCAGCCCAGGGUCGAGUGAGUAGGUCUGUGGAGGAGUGUGUCCCCUCCACCCCUGACUGCCCCGGCUCGGCCUCCUCCUCUAACGGGACCUCCUCGGGGGGCGCAGGCCUCUCCUUCAGCUUCAGCAGCUGUGCCAGUCCUGCGGUGCACGCCAUCUCGCCCGCCAGCGGCCAUGCCCUCGACUUCAUCCACAUCCAGGGCAUGGGCUUCGGCACCCAGAGCUGUGCCAUUGAGGUGAUGGUUGGAGAUCACCCUUGCCAGGUUGUCAACAACACUGAGACAGAGAUCUUCUGCCAGCUCCGCACAGACAGUGGCGCGGACAUUGGCAUCCCACUUCCUGUCUCUGUCCGAGUGAAUAACCUCGGCACUGCCAUCAACACCGCACCCAGCGAAUAUGACCGGCGCUUCGUGGUUCUGCCCGUGGUGGACUCAGUAAGCCCGUCCAGCGGCAGCACCACCGGGCACACCAAGCUGACCAUCAGCGGUUCUGGGUUCUCAGAGAACGUAGCUGUCACAGUGGACGGCCUCCCUUGUGAUGUCAUGUGGGCGAACUACACCAUGGUUGUGUGCAGCACGGCCCCGUCCUCCACUGCUGACCGUAGUGGGCCUGCGGUGGUCCACGUGGGCAGCAUUGCCUCCUCGUGCCAGGGCGACUGCACCUUCACCUACUCCGCCUCGCUGGCACCACACGUGUUUGGCGUACACCCCGACACAGUCACCGGAAACCUGACGUCCGUGGUCAUCAACGGCACCGGGUUCGGCAGCGAUGUCGACGACGUGUCCGUCCACGCCGGAGGGAUCAGCCUUGAGGUGACGGAGGUCACCGACACCACCAUCACCCUCUCCGUCGGCCCGCUGCCCGGCGGCUCUCACCCGCUGAGGGUGGUGGUGAUGAGCCGGGGGUUGGCGCAGGGGGGGGAUGGUGCCACCCUGAGCAGCGACGCCCGUGCCACGCUCAGCCCCGCGGCGGGCAGCACGGCUGGGGGCACCCCGCUGGUGCUCAUGGGUAAUGGGUUCCUGCCGGGAGCAACCAGUGUGAGCCUGGACGGCGCCCCCUGCUGGAUCACAGAGGUGACGCCGGGAGAGGUGCGCUGCCUGACCCCUCCUCAUGAUGCGGCGCUGGUGGAGGUGCUCGUGGAGGUGCUGGAGGUGCUGUACCCGGCGCUGACCUUUAACUACUCACAGGCACACACACCUGAGGUCACCGACGUCACCCCGGCAACAGGACCCAGCAACACAGUCAUCACUCUAACGGGCUCGGGCUUUGGUUCUGACGCCAGCCUCAUCUCCGUGGAGAUAGACGGUGUCGCCUGCAACGUUGCCGCGGUAACGGACACUCAGGCCACGUGUGCCGUGGGUGAGCACGCCGGCGGCACCUUUCCCAUCAUGCUUCAGCACAAACUGAAAGGUUACGCCAUGUCCGAGGAGGUCUUCAGCUACGAGCUCCGUCUCUCAGGGGUGGUUCCCUCCGAAGGGGGUGUUGGUGGGGGCAGCAUCGUGAGCGUUGAGGGCACCGGGUUCGAGCCCAGCUCCUCCCGGGUGUGGAUCUGUGAGAGUGAGUGUGAGGUUCACAGGGACACGUCCACCUCUACACACCUCUACUGCCAGGUCCCGCCCGCCAACGGUAAGAUGGCAUUUAUCUCCAGCAGGCGGGUGAACGGCAAAGACUCUGUGAACGUAUCAAAAUGGACUACUCCGUACAAAUCCUCCCUGACGCGGCGCGUCACCGAGGUAACGCCUCGCCGAGGCGGGCACCCAGCGGGAGGCACGAGACUGGCGAUUCUCACCUCUUUCUGCAGCACGAACAGCAGUGAAGUUAGUGUGACCAUCGCCGGAUCUGUGUGUGACGUGCAGUCUGCCAACCAAACACACGUAGUUUGCGUCACCAACUCCCAGCCCAGGUCUCAGGAGACUAAAGUGCGAGUUCAGAUUGGGGACAGGGGCACUGCUCCGAUGGACCAGGCGGACUUCUUCUACAUAGACGUGUGGUCCUCCCGGUACACCUGGGGUGGUCUUUCUCCCCCUGAGAAGGGCUCGUUCGCCGUCAUCACUAAGGGCCAGACCAUCCUGCUGGACGCCAGCACCCCUGUGCUCAAGAUGCUCCUCAUCCAAGGCGGAAAGCUGGUGUUUGAUGAGCAGGACAUAGAACUUCAGGCGGAGAACAUCCUGAUCACGGACGGAGGAGCGCUGCAGGUCGGAACCGAAGAGGAACCGUUCCAGCACAAGGCCAUCAUCACGCUUCACGGGCACCUGCGCUCUCCCGAGCUGCCUGUGUACGGAGCCAAGACCCUGGGGGUGCGAGAGGGAGUGCUGGACCUCCAUGGUAUCCCCGUCCCCGUCACCUGGACCCGCCUCGCCCAGACGGCUGGGAGCGGCUCGUCCACGCUGGUCCUCACACACCCGGUCACCUGGAGGAGCGGAGACCAGGUGGUCAUCGCCACCACUGGUCACAGGCACAGCCAGAGAGAGAACGAGGUGAGGAUCAUCUCCUCAGUGUCCGCAGAUGGCCGGACGCUCACGCUGACGGAGCCCCUGGAGUACACCCAUCUGGGGGUGUCCGUCACGCUGCCUGAUGGGACGGAGUUCGAGGCCAGGGCAGAGGUGGGACUCCUCACCAGGAACAUUGUGGUGCGCGGAUCGAACAACGCUGAGUGGAACGACCAGGUGGAGGCCUGUCCAGACGGCUUUAACACAGGUGAGUUUGCGACACAGACCUGCUUCCAGGGGAGGUUUGGAGAGGAGACAGGAAGUGACCAGUUUGGAGGUUGCAUCAUGUUCCACGCCCCCAGACCUGGAGAGAACCUGGCCAUCGGCAGAAUUGAACACGUUGAGAUCUUCAACGCAGGCCAGGCCUUCCGUCUGGGCCGCUACCCCAUCCACUGGCACUUGAUGGGCGACGUCAACUUCAAGUCGUACGUGCGCGGCUGCGCCCUCCACCAGACCUACAACCGCGCCGUGACCAUCCACAACACGCACCGCCUCCUGGUGGAACGCAACGUCAUCUACAACAUCAUGGGCGGCGCCUUCUUCAUCGAGGACGGCAUCGAGACGGGCAACGUGCUCCAGUACAACCUGGCCGUGUUCGUCAAGCAGAGCACCAGCCUGCUCAACGACGACGUCACGCCCGCCGCCUACUGGGUCACCAACCCCGACAACGUCAUCCGGCACAACACCGCUGUUGGCGGGACCCACUUUGGGUUCUGGUACCGCAUGCACAAGAAUCCCGACGGUCCCAGCUACGACCCGAACAUUUGCCAGCAGCGCGUGCCGCUGGGCGAGUUCGCCAACAAUACGGCCCACUCGCAGGGCUGGUUCGGCUUGUGGAUCUUCAAGGAGUACUACCCGGUGAGGGACGGCAGGUGCCGGAGCAAGGUGCCCGAGCCCGCCGUGUUCCGCUCGCUGACCGCCUGGAACUGCGAGAAGGGGGCGGAGUGGGUGGACGUGGGCGCCGUGCAGUUCAACGGCUUCGUCAUGGUCAACAACGAGAAGGCGGGCAUCGAGGGGAAACGCAUCGUCAGCAGCUACGUCCGGGACUUCAGCGAGGAGGCCGGGGCGGCGGUGGUCAACAGCACCCUGGUUGGCCACGUGGACGAGCUGUUGCUGGGCGAUGACUACUGCUCGACCAGAGGGGUCAUCCUGCCGCUGGACGACGGCAUGAGCGUCCUCUCCAGCACAUUCAUGAACUUUGACCGGCCAGGCUGCACGGCCAUCGGAGUGGCGGCGAUUGACGGGACCUGCAAGGAGCGCUGCGGGGGAUGGGGUGCCCGGUUCUCUGGGAUCCAGUACUACAACUCGCCCCACAAGGCUGGCUUCAGGUGGGAGCACGAGGUCAACCUCGUCGACCUGGAUGGCUCCCUCACAGGCUCUGCGGGCAGUAAGGUGGUGCCAGCGAGCCCUCUGUUGGACCCGGCCCUAUGCACGUCUCACGAUGACUGGAGCGUUGGCUUCCCCGGGGUCAUCUGUGAUCCCAGCGUCAGCUUCCACCGCCUGGCCUUCAACCACCCAACGCCCACCUCCCUGGAGAGCAACCUCGCCAUCUUCUCCAAUGACUUUGGUGCAAGUGAGGUUCCAUACAUGAAGAAGAGGAUGACUCACAAGUUUGGCUGGAUGGCGAUGCUUCCGUCUGGACAGACAUACAGGUGGCACUUUGAUGGCGUGGCUCAGAUCACCAACAUAUCAUAUGACUCCACUUUCUAUGGGUUUAAGCGCGACGAGUUCAUCAUCAUCAACCACAAUCUGACUCAGAGUCCAGACAGUUUCUUCAUCAUGGACAAGAGAAAUGGCUCCUCCUCCCCUCUGACGAAUGAUGAUAAUGUGAAUGGAGACUGGUAUAUCGACGAGAACACCAACAACCUGUACUACUUAGUGUCCGGACAGGACUCUCACAGCCGCCGUAGACGUCGUUCCAGUGUGGACCCCGAGGUAGUGGACAGGAAUGUGGACUUCAAGGUGUUCAGCUGCUUCUACCCCACCUGCCAGCCCCCCCCACCGCCUCCCCCAGCAACACUCCCCCCGCUACCCUCACGAAGGCCUGAUGACUUUAUCUCCUGGUCCAGCGAGUCCUUCUGGCUCUCGUCUGCUGAGAACAACUUCACCGUGCCCAGAGAGGGCGCUGAUGUGGUUAUCCCAAUAGGGUCUUGGAUGGUGCUAGAUGAAGACACCCCUCCUCUGAACAGAUUGACGGUGCAGGGUGUCCUGGAGGUCCCCGAUCAUGACACCACGUCCUCCUCUCGCUCCAGACGCUCCACAGCCAACACAAUCGUCCUGGACGCCACCUACAUCUCCAUUCAGGGAGGUCGUCUGAUAGCAGGCUGGGAGGACGAGCCCUUCAGCGGGGAACUGCACAUCGUCCUGAGAGGAACUCACUACACCCCCGACUGGCUGCUGCCCAACGGCCCCAACCAGGGCUCCAAAGUGCUGGGUGUGUUUGGCACUCUGGACCUCUAUGGAAAGCCCCACGACGUCUACCACACCAAACUGGCAAGCACCACGUCGGCUGGCACAGACACCCUCACCCUUCGUGAGGCUGUUGACUGGCAGGCAGGGGAUGAAGUGGUCAUCUCCACCACCAGCUAUGACCCAUGGCAGACAGAGAAGAGGACCAUAUCCGCCGUCUCUGAUGACAGAAGGACACUCACACUGAGCGAGCCGCUCACACACACUCAUAUCGGGGAGACCUAUGGUGUCAGCGGCACCUCGAGGACCUACACACUGGCAGCAGAUGUGGGGCUGCUGACCAGGAACAUCAAGAUUAUUGGCCACGCCCACGCUGAGCUGUACAGCCAAUCGUUUGGCGCUCGCCUGCUGGUGGGCACCUUCUCAGAGGGAGGCAUCGACUACAGAGGAGAAGCUCAGAUAAGGAAUGUGGAGUUUUACCACACUGGACAGGAGGGAUGGUCCGAUUUCUACGACCCGCGCUACUCUGUAGCUUUUGUCAAUUUGGGAGAGGUGCCUGAGAUGGAGUCCUACAUCCAGGGAUGUGGUUUCCAUGACGGCUUCUCUCCUGCCAUCGGCAUCUUUGGCACAGAUGGACUGACUGUAGAUGACAACGUCAUCCACUUCACUGUAGGAGAAGGGAUCAGAGUAUGGGGCAGCAGCAACCUGAUCAGAAGGAACCUGGUGACCAUGACCCUGUGGCCCGGGUCCUACCAGGGCCGAGAGGAGAUGUUUAACUACGACUGGACCGCCGCCAUAGAGGUGAAUGAAGGCACAAAUACGGUUCUCAUUGGCAAUAUAGUUGCAGGUUUUGAGAGAUCAGGGUACCUUAUUGAUGGAGAGCCAUGCCCAGGAACGGCCAAUCCGGUGCAGGCGUGGCGGGAUAACGAGGCCCACGGCGGCGUCUACGGCAUCAUGAUGAACAAGGACGGCCUGCCGGGCUGCUCACACAUCCAGGGCUUUACCGUGUGGCGCAGCUUCGACUUUGGGAUCUACUUCCAGGUUUCCAUGAAUAUUCAGAUAUCUAACAUCACUCUGGUGGAUAACGGCAUGGGGAUCAUGUCAAUCAUCUACGCCCCGCCCUCUCUGCAACACCUGUAUGCUGAUAAAACCGUACAUAUUCAGAAUGCCCUGAUUGUUGGCACCAGUCCAGACUUCAACUGCUCUGACCGGUUGUCCUCGACUGAGACGUACGUCCGACUGUCCAGGGACCACGGAGCUCCCCGCCCUCCCAUGGGUGGCAGGUCUGGGAUCUGCUGGCCAGCCUUCAUAUCAGGACACAACGCCGGCCCCACCAUGUCCCUCACCGGCUCCACCAGCUACAACACCAUCAAGGGCCUCAUGACAGUCACCGACACAACAUUUGUGGCUUUCGGGGACGUGUGUUCGACUGAAAGAGCCGUGAUGUUCCUGACUAACCCCAACAACGAGGACCUCCAGCACCCUGUGCAGGUGAAGCGCAUCACCCAGGCCGAGAGCACCGAGGCGGGCAGACUGCUCAUCCAUCGGCCAAACCUCGGGAAGGUGAACCCGGCGGACUGCGUGGACAUGGACUGCGAUGCCAAGAAGAAGAGCCUUCUGAGGGACGAGGACGGCACCUUCCUGGGCGCGGUGGGCACCGUGGUGCCCCACGCAGAGUUCGAGUGGGACGGAGACAGCAGGCAUGGAGUGGGCGACUACAGGAUCCCCAAGGUCAUGCUCACCUACCUCAACGGCAGCCGCAUACCUGUCAGUCAGAUAGCACCCCGCAAAGGUGUGAUAAGGGACUCCACCUGCGAGUACGUGACCCCGUGGCAGAGCUACAAGUGCUUUGGUCUGAACUACAGGAUGCUGGCGAUCGAGAGUCUGGAUGCUGACACGGAGACCAGACGCCUGUCUCCAGUGGCGGUGCUGGGGGACGGCUACAUCGACCUGAUGAACGGGCCCCAGGACCAUGGCUGGUGUAACGGCUACACGUGCCAGAAGAGGCUCUCUCUCUUCCACGGCAUCAUCGCCACCAACAAGGCCUUCGACGUCUACUUCACCGGCACCACCCCCCAGAAGCUCCGCCUCAUGAUGCUCAACGCCAGGCCAACAGAGACUGUGCGCGUGGCCGUGUUCUACUCCAACCCUCAGCGUCUGGACGUUUACGUCAACAACGAGCUGGUGGCUCCGACCAACGCAGAAUGGAACAGCGAUAACACAGACUUCACACUCAAGGAGCCCUCAUACCCAGGGAUGUAUUUGCCUGCACUGAACUCUACCACGAACGGUGGCAACUUCUUCGACCCGGACUACAAGAUGCUCCAUGUGCUGCUGCGCGGCUCUGAGCCCGUGGAGGUCCGCACAUCGCCCAAGCUCUUCCUCUCCUUCAGCCUGCCCGCCAUGACGGAGGACGAGUUCUUCGGCGAAAGCCUGGUCGCCAACCUGGCAGCCUUCCUGAAGGUUCCGGCCAGCAUGAUCCGCAUCACCAAGAUCGUGAGGGAGGGGGGCGACGCACGGCGACGCAAGCGGUCCACGGGUCUCUCCGUAGAGGUGGAGAUCAGCAAGCCUCCUGUCCAGCAGACCACCAACACCACCAAUGAUGAGGAAGCCUUUUCUGAGCUGCAGAACCUUGCUGAUGACCUGGGCCAGGCGGCCAUCUCAGGGAACCUCAGCCAGGCCGUAGGCUUCAACGUGUCCUCCAUGGGGGUCAUCCCACCCCCCCCACCAUCCUCAGACCCCACCUGGAACGAGGUGGCCACCGCUGAGGUGACCCGUGAGGACCCGGUACCGGAGAAAGUGACGAGCCUGGCCUCCCUGAGCGUGAUGCAGGAGCCUGUGGCCGGACUCACCCCCGGACUCCUCAGCCAGCAGCCCAGCAUCAUGGCUCUGGACCAGGAGGGGAGCUGUGUGGCGGUUGGGGUCACUAAACUGACUCUGACAGCUGUGCUGAAGGACUCCAGCGGUACUCCAGUGGAUGGUCUCUAUGGAAACACAACCAUUCUAUUCAAAGGAUGCUGGGCUAACUAUACUGACCUGAGCAUCUCUGGACCUGGUGAUAACAUGACUCUGGCUUUCACUCUGAAAGAAGUGAGUGCCUCUUCCCGGUCCUUCACCAUCAUAGCCGUACCAGUUACCACACCCAGCCCCUCCACCAACACCACCUACACCGCAACCACCAGCACCAGCGGAGGGCCGACUCCGCCCGACUCACCCAUACCCCCAAUCGACCCUGACUCCACCACAGAGGAGUCCACCACAGAAGACAGUGAAUACCCAAGUGUGCUGGACGGCGCUGUUGCUCCAUCCUCUGGCUCUCUGGUCCUCCUCCUCACCCUCCUCUCCUGCCUGCUCCUCACCCUGACAACCCUCUGA